AUGAAUUCUUUAAAAUGGAUAGUGAUUGAUGAAUACAGUGAUGGUGAUAAUGGUAGCGAACCCGAAAUGCGUAUUGAAGUUGAAGAAGACGCUACCGACUUACUUUGCACCAAGAAUGAAACUGUAAAUCUUAUCUCAAUUUUCGGUCAAGCAAGAGAGGGAAAAUCGACAUUUAUGAAUAUCUUAGCUGGUGUGAAUGAUGAUAAUGAGAUUUUCAAGAGUUCUUCUGCUACAGAAACAGUAACGACAGGGGUUGAUAUUUCCAAAACAUUCGUGUCACUUAAGGAAUUCUCAAAGUUGAAUGAUGACCCAGAGAUUGACAACAAUAUUUUAGUUGGAUUUGUCGACACAGAAGGACAAGGAAAUAAAGGCGAGGAGUUUGAUCUUUACCUUUUCUCUCCUAUCCUUGUAACUUCGAAAAUUGUAAUUUUCUGGUGGCCUGGAAAUCUUCAAAUAAAUUCAAUACUUAAUAGCCUGGGUGCAAUAACAACUUCGGCGAAACGAAUUACACGAGAUGCUCAAGAUCAACAUCAAAAUACAAAGCCAUACGGUCAUCUUCAUAUUAUUUUCAAAUCAUGGAAUCCGUGUAAUGAUAGUACACCAGAAGACAUUAAAAAGGCAUUGCUAGAGCCUCAGACCGGUCAUAGGGUUGACAAAGAACACAACAACAUUCGUGAACUGUUGAAUGACUGUUUUGAAAGUAUUGAUAUAUGGCUCUUCCCAGCAAAUGGUCUGAUACAAAUCAGUAAAAGAUUACACUUUGAAAACUUCAACGAAAGCUGGAAACAAACAUUUAAGAAUAUGCGCAAUAAAUUUUCUGAACAAUUAAAUGUUAAUGAACCAAAGCAUGGUGCCGAUAAACCAUGGACCGGCCAGGAUAUUGCUGAGUUUACUAAAUUCCAAAAACGGACAAUUGCUUUUCAUAACCUUAUCAACGAAAUGGAUCUUCAAGUUGAAGGAUAUGAUGAUAAGGUUAUUGAUGAAUAUUUACAUGAAGAACUAAAAAAUUUUAAAGAAAAGUUGAAAUUGGAAAGUUUUUCAGACAAUGUUGUGAAUGAAGUUUAUGGAAAUUAUAAAGAAUCAGUCAGUUUAAAAGCGAAUGAUAUCAAAAGAAAAAUUGCAAAGCUAAUCAUAGAAGUACAAAACUUUCAGAAUCGACUUAAUGAAUUUGUAUUCAACACAGUGUUACCACAUUCCAAAUCAGACCUUGAAGAGUUUCUCGAAGAACAGAUCGAACAGCUAUGGAGCGAUUUCAAUGACAUAGUCAAAGAUUUUCCAAAGGGUUUCGUGUGUCAACGUCGAGAAACACUUAAAAAUUUAUGCAAAGAAAAAAUUCAAUAUACUAUGGCAGAGCAUGAAAAGGAAAAUGCACUGAAAGAUUUUAGUACGCUUGUCAACAAAAUGAAUCCUCGGCAUAGAGUAAUAGGAUGUAAUCAUGUGGGUGUUGGUGCAUAUUUAUAUGAAGAAUUAAAAAAUUUUAGAGAAAAGUUGAAAUCGAAGGAAUUUUCUGACAACAUAGUGGAUAAAAUUUAUACAGAUUAUAACGAAUCAGUUAAUUUAAUAGCGUAUAAGACCAAUGAUAGAAUUGCAAUACUAAACACAAAAGUACAAGACUUUCAGAAACGAGUUGAUGAAUUUGUGUUCAACAUAGUGUUACCAUACUCAAAAUCAGAUUUUACAAAAUCCCUCAAAGAACUGGCUCAACAGCUACGGAGCAACCUCGGUGACAUAGCUCUUUCUACUAAUUUUCCGGUCAAUGACAAGAAAGUAUUUAAUAAUACAGAAAUUGAACAAUACCUCCAAGAAGAAAUAUUAAGAUUUUCGUAUAAAGUAUCAAAUAUUUUCCCAUACAUAAUGAUAGAUGAUAUAUGUACUAAAUACAAAGAAGAUGUUCUCUCGAUAGUAAAGAUGCACCAGGAGAAAAACAAUGAAAAUAUCAAAGAAAUUCCUGAGAAAGUUAAACGAUAUGUUCUAGAUUGGGAUAUUCUUUUAGAUGUAAACAUAGGACAUGAUUUGGAAAGAUGGCAACGUGAAGUUACUGAACUCUUAUUAAUUAGUACUACUAUAUCAGAAUUGGCUACCUUGCCAUUAUUUCAAUUGUUGUACGUUUGUAACGAUCUUACAAGUUUAAAUAGAGAGACCGUUCCAUCAUCAUUCAGAGCUGUUAUUAAGUCAAUUAGGGGGCGUGAUAUGAGAAAUAUUUGGUCUAAACAGUUUGUUAAUAAGAUUAUGGCAUGUCUUGAAUCAGAUGAAUUAAAGUAUUUGCAAUUUUCAUUUAUAAAUCGUUGUCUUCAUAUCACGACUCUCGCAUCUCCAAUUCUCCAACUUUUUUAUAAACUGCUUUUUAAACCUAAGCCUUUCACAUUUGCGAGUUCUGUCAUUCGGCGUGUUUUUAUCAUAGAAUAUGAAAAGUAUCAAAGAGUAAGGCAUCAAAAUGUGUUUUUUGACUUGCUCGUAAAUCCACAGGAAGUUUUCGAAAGUUUACCAGAUCUGAAGAUUAUCAAUGAUCUAUUAAAAGAAGAUGAUCUGAACUCGCCAAUAGCUGCAUUGUCUUGUGAUAUUAUCCAAAAAACAUUCUUCAUGAAUUAUGAACUGAUUAAAAUUUUCCCAAUGCUGUUGAUUCACUGUCUACCACCAUUGUAG